GGAUAAAAUCCACUAAUACAUGAUUUUCUAAAUGCAUGCAAUGCAGUUUGCUUAAUUGUUUGUUAAUUUCAGGCGAGUGUCAUUAAAAAUAUCUACAUAACAACAGUGCCACAGAUGCUAGACAAGACUCAAAAUCCUUGUCUGAACCCAUAUGUAUUAGUAUCACACUUUGUUUUAAACUCUCAGAGGUGAAAUUAAGGGAAUCUCAUGGUAGAUGCUUUUACAAGCAGGAACAAGUUACCUUUUAAAAUCACUUUCACUUCAAUCACACAGCUUCCAUUCUGCAUUAAACUGCAAAUCGGCGCCAAUCGGGGCUUUCCACUCUUUCAUUUCAAUUAAAAUCCAUUUCCAGUGGAUAAAACCUUUUGAGUAAGUGGAGGUCAUUUUUUCCUGUAUUUAUAAAUGAAUAUUCAUAUUAGCCUGCUGUAGUAUAUAUAUAUAUGCAUUAGUGUGUUUUUAUAGUAAGUGGGACAACAUUUUAUUCUCUAUUAUAAUUUGGAUCUGACAAUGAUCAAUCUUUGGACCAUGUGAUUUGUUUAUUUGCAUGCAACAUCACUUUCAAUAUGUAGGAACGACUGGGGCUAGUUGUCACACAUUUUACUCUAGUAAAUAUUUUGUACGGUGGGUUAAUAUUUGUAAGUUUCUGUAUAGACAUAUACCUUAAACUCUUGGCUCUUAUAAGUCUCUUAUACUUUCCAAGGCUAUAUUUAUUUGAUCAACUAUAGAGUAACACACAGUAAUAUAGUGAACUAUUAUCACAAUUUAACAUGUUUUUUAUAUGAAUUUAUUAUACAUUUCAUUUAUUCCUGCAUUCUAUUAUUAUUUCAGCAUCAUUACUCCAGUCUUCAGUGUUGGUUGCAUGAUCCUUCAGAAAUCACUCUAAUAUGCUGAUUUACUGUUCAAGAAACAUUUCUUAUUAUUAUUCUUAUUGUUUUCAAAGUAUGAUUUAAAAAAAAUCAACAAGGACACAUUCAAGUGAUCAAAAGAGACAUUUAUAAUGUUACAAAAUAUUUCUAUUUCAAAUAAAGGCUGUUAUUUUGAGAUUUUUAUUCAUCAAAGAAUUAAAAAAAAAAAUUUCAUCAUUGAUAAUAAUAAUAACCAUUAUAAAUGACUGGUUAAUGGCUGAUGAAAAUUCAGCUUUGCGGCACAGGAAUAAACUUUAUUUAAAGAUUUAUUCAACUAGAAAAUUGUUGUUUUGAAUUAAAUUAAUAUUUCACAAUAUUAUAGUUUUUACAGUAUUUUUGAUUAAUUUUUGAGACUUCUUUCAAAACAUAAAAAAAUAAUCUAUAAAUACACACGUUCAGUAUCAAUACUGUUUGUUUUUAUUUAUUUAUUUAUUUAUUUAUUUAUUGCAUUAAAGGUUACAAAUUUCAGCUUCAAGCUCCCAGUCUGCCAAUCAAAUGGGGGCCAUUCUGACUUUAGUGGAGCCAGUGGUUGUCAUCAAUAAACUGGGGACAUCCUUCUUUGAGAUGGCACUUACACAGACCGUGUACAACCAGUCACUGAAGGCAACUGCAGGAGACAGUGAUCGGGCACAGGCAUUAUCCUCACGCUUUCUUCUUAUUCAGAGUGUGUUGUCCUCUUUGGCGGCUAUGUUGUCCAUUAUACCACUGAGCCGCAUGGCAGAAUGUCAUGGACCUAAAGUCUUCCUGGUGGCCUCUCAAAUGGGUUCAGUUUUGGGCAUGUUUACUCUAGUCAUCUUCAUGUACUGUGCAGUUCCUCUGGAGAUUCUGUACUUGGGUUCUGUGCUGCAUGGUUUGAGCGGAGGCGGGCCGAUGUUCUGGGCCGGGGUGGCGGCUUUGGCAUCUCUGAGCUCGGAGCAGGGCAAACGCACUCUUAAACUCAACAUUGUGGACUUCUGUUUUGGGGUCGCAGGGGUCGUGGGCGGUCUCCUGUCUGGAUAUCUGUAUCAGAUGGGACCAUCAGUUCUCCUCCUGACAGCAAUUCUAGUCAGUGUUGUGGCAUUACUGUACUCUGUGUUUGCCCUCACUGACUCCAGACGUUCCCUAUCCGAGAGUGAGCCACUGCUGGCUGAAUCUGAAACUGGGAAAAAGAUGGAUCGAAUCUCUGUAGGCAUGCUGAUGACAGCCAUGGUGUUGUUCAUUCUAGGCAUGGUUGGGGCAGAAAACGUGCUCCAGCUGUAUGUGCUGAAGCCUCCGCUGAGCUGGGACUCAGUUUGGGCCGGAUAUGGCAGUGCCACCACCAGCGCCAUGUACCUGAGCAGUUUCAUAGGGGUCCUGGGUCUGUUCAGAUUGUUGGGAGACACAGCCCUCACUCUACUGGGUAUUGUGUCCAACUGUACUGGGAUGGCAAUCAUGGCAUUCGCUGUAGAAAGCUGGGUCUACUUCCUAGCUAGAGGAAUCAUGAUGUUUGCCUGCGUUCCCAUGCCAACACUGCGAGCCAUGCUGUCCAAGAAUCUGCAUCCUCAGCAAUAUGGGCGAGUUUUCGGGCUGCUCCAGCUGGUUCUAGCUGUGACUGAUCUCUUGUCCAAUGUCUUUUUUACCUCCAUUUACCCACUAACUCUGGGCUGGUUCAGUGGCUUCUGCUUUCUCCUCUCCUGUGCUAUCAGUUACAUCAGUGCUGUCCCACUCAUUUAUCAAAGUGGCAGAAACUUGAGACCUGGAUCCAUUUGAGAUGUUGAACAAUUUACAUGAAAAUGUGUCUGUUCUUAUUUUGAUUCAGUACUACAAAGCCCCUAAUGUAAUGAGAAAAAUAGGAUACAAAUUUUAUUUCAGCGCUUUUGUGUUUGCUUACUCGCAAAACUUUUGCAUUGCCAGAGAACAUUUGCAAUCACUCACAAAACCUUUGUGUUCUCACAAAAACUAUUGCAAUUCCUGAGAAAAUGUGUGUUUGUUCACAAAACUUCUGCAUUCUUUCCCAAAAACAUUGAAUUCCCUGAUAAAUUUUGCAUUUGCUCUCACAAACUGUCUGUUCUCUCGCAAAAGUACCGCAUUACCAGAGAAACUGUGUGUUUGCACACAAAACUUUUGCAUUAGCUCACAAGACCUUUCCGUACUCUCACUAAAAUAUUGCAUGCCCACGGAAAAUUUGAAUGCUUUUGCAUUUGCUUGCAAAUCUUUUGUGUACUCUGAAAAUGGUUUUCUAUUUUUUUUUUCUCACCAAAAGUUUCAGAUCCUCUUACAAAAGAUUUGUUCACUCACAAAAUGUUUGCAUUGUACUUUUUACAAAAAAAGUAAUUUCCCUGUGAAUCUUUAAGUUAACUUGCAAAAGCACUGAAUGUUUUUCCUUCACUGAAAGCUACAUUUUUUUUUCUCCCACCUUAUGUUAUUUCCAUAACUAGCAUUUGUUCUUGCGGGACACAUUAUUUGGUAAUAUAAGUAUUUUUAUUGUGGAAAUAGUUAUAGGUGUUAUUAUAAAAUACUAUAAGCAUUUUAGGACUGACACAUAAAGUGUCUAUCAGGGAAAAUUAUUAUUAUUAUUUUAUGUUGGAGAGCACCAUUGCAUAUGGUUUUGUAUUGCUACAGUAAAAUAGUAUGAGUUUCUUGUGUGUGUUAUUCUCAAUAAACAAUAGAUUGGUUAUUUGUUUAUUCGUUUUAGUCUUUAGUGGGCUAGUUUAGCAGCAUGGGUGAAAGGUUCUGCGUUUCACUUUUUAAAACUUUUCUUCAGUUUUGAAGAUUCA